UGCAGGGCCACCUAUCACUCUCAGUGCUGCUUCCUUCUACUGCGAUAAUCCACCGAAAUCGCUCCCUAUACCUCGCAUGCUACGUCUUCUCCCUUUGGCGGCCGUCCUGGUCUGCCUCCUUUGCUCAGUCUUGUGCAUUGACUUCAUCAAUCCUCCUCCAUUCGGGCGCGAAGGUGACUUCAGCUCGAACCCAAUCUAUCCGGAAGGCUCGACCAUUACCAUAGCCUGGACAUCCGAUAAAGCGGAUAAGCCCGUGUCACUCACUCUCGUCCAACUGAACGGGACGGAAUGGAUGAUGCCAAUGGAAUACAUAUUCCAAAGUGUCGUGAACAAAACGGACUUCACAUGGCUUGUUGGCACUACCAAAAACCUCACCCUCUCGAACAUGUUCUACCUAUCCAUCUUCGAAGAGGGCGCUACGACAUCGGAUUCGAACAGCCACUACUUCAACAUUUCCUCCAAAGACCUUUCACCAACAAUUUCUAGCAUUACAGCAACCCCAUCCAUUCCAUUUCUUAGUACAGCGCCAGUUUCCACACCUACGGAAGCCUCCAUACCUACUAGCGCACCCUCCAACGCACAGACAUCCCCGCCUCCCUCACCACCUUCAGGGGGCUCCUCGACCGGCGCGAAGAUCGGAAUGGGCAUCGGAAUUCCCCUUGCUUUGGCCCUCGGUAUCGGUGCUGGCUUCCUUCUGUUCAGACAUCGUCGGAACCGCGACAACAUCAAGACCAGGGUCCCAGACUCAGCACCACAAAUGGAGUAUUACAAAAGCAACUAUGGCGGAGAAGCGGUAGAGGUACCUCUUCGAUCGCCAGUGGAAAUGGCGCCAUCUGAUUCCGAGUUGAAUAUGACAAGUCAAUGUUGGCAGCCGCCGUCGAUGGCGUCUGGUAGGGGCACCGUGGCAGAAUCGACACAGCAUGAGUUACCGGCUCUGCAGUCGCCGAAGCGCUGAGGCAGUCCUCCGGUCGGAACUCUGUGUCUCAGGCGCCUCUAGCUGUGAAAUAACCCGCCAACAAUGAGCCCGCUGUACGCGGGGUGACUUGCGUGGAGAACGUCCUGCUGGAGCUGAGGAGAGUAGUCAUGCCAGCAAGAGAAUGUGGCACAGGGAAACGAGAAAGCCUUGCGGGGUUGUUUCGUUGUGCGUGAGUGGAGCAAGCUCAAUGUGGGUGCGAAGGUCCAUUGCCUCGUGCAUAGUAAUGAACGUAAUGAUAUAAC